AUGGACUACUCGCGUCCUACGAUUCUCGCAGAGGCCCAGGACUGUCUCUGGCUACGGCACCAUGCUAGACAAAUCCGAAUACGCAUUAUGCUCAUGUUGAUUGCGCGCGAGGAAAGAGGUUUCACACCUCGCACCUGGCUCGCGCGCCUCCUCACUCGAGUUUUGAUGCCGGGUCAUGGCAAAUACUGCAGUGCCGGCCACGAAUCGAGCGUGACGUUCAAGCCGGCGCGGCUGUGCUACGCUUCUAUUCACGACCGCGGUGUUACUCGGGUCCCGCCGAAUGUGCUCGUUCUCGCCCCUCGCCUCAUGGUAGUCCACGUUCACAUGGACGUCAGGGCAAGGGGGGUGUGGAUGCACCGCCCGCCGGCCUCAAGUCGGACGUGUACUGGUAUUAGGGCGCUUGUGCAGCUGCUACUACAGGCAGCGAGGGACCACAUCAAGCCUCCAGGCCCACACUUCUACGACUUUCUCGGCAAAAGCCGAGAGCCGACAACUAUUACCACGACUACGCAAGGCUUUCUUCGUCCUUCAUAUCAACUCACCCACGCCCAUCGGAAGCUAGGCAUCCACCAGCACCGUACGGCUCGUCCUACGUCGACAAGCGCCUUCGCGCUACACGACGAGCUGCUCUCGCGCGCCGACCUCAUGACGACGACGCCGGAGAACGCAGGACCCGCAUUUCUAUCCGCUUGCCAAACAGCUGUCAGCGACGCGAAGAUCCCGGAGGAGUCAAUGUACCUCGUAGCGGGGACUGCCGGGCAGGCAAAGAGACUCAAGGCAUAUUUGUAUCCUACCACAUCGACCUACAAAGCACCCUGCACCGCUGCGCUUGACCCGCGCCUCUCAUCAUGGUACACGCUCGGCCUGCAAGGGUCUACAGCACCUUAUCUGCGACGGAUUGGCGCCAAACCUCAUAUCGUUCGAGCGCUCAAGGCCUACGCGGUGCCAGAACCCCUCUGCCGCGAGAUUCGCGGGCUGUGCUACGCGUCUAUUUACGACCGUCGUCGCACUUGGGUCUCGUAG